GGGCGGGCUUUGGGCGCCGGCUGCGCGCGCGUCUUGCUGUCGCCCGCGGUGAGGGGAGCGGACACGAUGGCCGGCUCCGCGUGGGUCUCCAAGGUCUCUCGGCUUCUGGGAGCAUUCCACAGCCCAAAACAGGUGACCAGAGGUUUUGCUGGUGGUGUUCAGACAGUAACUUUAAUUCCAGGAGAUGGAAUUGGCCCAGAGAUUUCCACUGCAGUUAUGAAGAUCUUUGAUGCUGCCAAAGCUCCCAUCCAGUGGGAGGAGCGGAAUGUCACCGCCAUCCAAGGCCCAGGGGGCAAGUGGAUGAUUCCUCCGGAAGCCAAGGAGUCCAUGGACAAGAACAAGAUGGGCCUGAAAGGCCCUCUGAAGACUCCAAUAGCAGCAGGUCACCCAUCUAUGAAUUUACUGCUGCGGAAGACAUUUGAUCUUUAUGCCAAUGUCAGGCCGUGCGUGUCCAUUGAAGGCUAUAGAACGCCCUACACGGAUGUGAACAUCGUCACCAUUCGAGAGAACACGGAAGGAGAGUACAGUGGCAUUGAGCAUGUGAUCGUGGAUGGAGUUGUGCAGAGCAUCAAGCUCAUCACCGAGGGCGCAAGCAAGCGCAUCGCUGAGUUCGCCUUUGAGUAUGCUCGCAACAACCGCCGCAGCAACGUCACGGCUGUGCACAAGGCCAACAUCAUGCGCAUGUCAGAUGGACUUUUUCUGCAGAAAUGCAGGGAAGUUGCAGAAAACUGUAAAGAUAUUAAAUUUAAUGAGAUGUACCUCGAUACAGUGUGUUUGAAUAUGGUACAGGAUCCAUCCCAAUUUGAUGUUCUUGUUAUGCCAAAUCUGUACGGAGACAUCCUUAGUGACCUGUGUGCGGGGCUGAUUGGAGGUCUGGGUGUCACCCCAAGCGGCAACAUUGGGGCCAAUGGAGUGGCCAUCUUCGAGUCGGUGCACGGGACAGCCCCGGACAUAGCGGGCAAGGACAUGGCCAACCCCACUGCCCUCCUGCUCAGUGCUGUGAUGAUGCUGCGCCAUAUGAGGCUUUUCGACCAGGCUGAGAGAAUCGAGGCUGCGUGUUUUGCUACAAUUAAAGAUGGAAAGACCUUAACAAAAGACUUGGGAGGCAAAGCCAAAUGCUCAGAGUUCACAGAUGAGAUCUGUCGCCGAGUGAAGGAUUCGGAUUAAAGCCCCUGCACGUGGUCUUGGCUGCAGUCACUUCUGAUGGACACAUGAACCUCUCAAUCACCUGCCAUUCUGUCUGCAUUCGGUUUGCUUGUUUCUUGACAGUACAUUUUCUGAUCUGGCCUUUUCUUAACAAAAUCCACCUGGAGGCUGCAGGCGAUGUGUAUAGGCCUGCUUUCAAAGGACUUUUCCAAAUGCUUGUUCUAUUUAUUACGUCUAUUUGGGAAACAUUUUUUUAGUAAACCGGAAGUGGACUGUGUCAUUUGCGGUUGUUAACCAUUUUACACUUCAGUUCAAAUCAAUUUUCCUCAGCUGUAAAUAUGAUAUAAAUUCCUUAAAAAACAUCUAUCUUUUUAAGAAACAA